CACACGCAGCUGCGUAUCUCUCCGUUGCCCUCAGCGCGCUGCUUCAGCUCCUGAUUCACCUCACACAGUCAAAGCCGAACAUACAAAACAACGGAAAAAUUCAAAAUUCGCGCCGUUGAGAAGAAAGCGCUCGUGCCAACAGAACUCUAAGGGCAAUGAUGCUGGAAGUAUGACUGAGUGAGAGAAAGGACCCUGCUCGCAGUAUGGAGAAAAGGAAAGGUCGCCCCCUCCCUCCCACGCCUUCAUCCAGCCUGCUCCCCCCAGCCCCUCCUCCCCCCUCUGUUCCCCAGCACCAGGCUGCCACUUCCAUCAGGGAGUGUCAGAUGCCCCUUUUGGACAGCAGCUCAACCCAUGCUAUACUGGAUCCCCCUCCCGACGACGAGUUCUCCCCCAACUCCUACCUGCUCCAUGCACAGCCCCCACCACUGUAUUGGCCUAAUCAGACUAACACAGGUGCAUCCAGUCAUCACAGUCAGUCCUCUCUUCGACCUCCUCUGCCCCCUCCACACAACCACCACCAGUCAUCAGCUAAUUCCCUCAACCGCAACACCCAUGCCAACCGUCGGAAGCCCCAGAGCCAUCCGCCCACUGUGGCCCCGGCAGAUGGACCCUCCACCCCUGAGUCCGUACAGCUUCAGGACAGUUGGGCACUCAACAGCAGCGUCCCGCUGGAAACACGGCACUUUCUUUUCAAGACCCCAUCUGGGAGCACUCCUCUGUUCAGCAGCUCUUCACCUGGGUAUCCCCUGACCGGUGGUACGGUCUACUCCCCCCCGCCCCGGCUCUUACCUAGGAACACCUUCUCCAGGAGCUCCUUCAAGCUGAAGAAGCCCUCCAAGUACUGCAGCUGGAAAUGCGCAGCCGUGUCUUCAAUUGCAGCCACUGCGCUGCUGGCCAUCCUGCUCUGUUAUGUCAUAGGGCCGUGGGUGCUGAAGAACAGCAGUAUAAACAGCGGGGAGCUUGAGCUGGGGCAGCGUGUCAGUCAGGACGUUCCUCCAGGCGUCUUCUGGAGGUCCCUGCUUCACCUACGUCAGCCACACUUUCUUAAGUUCAACAUCUCCCUGGGCAAGGACGCGUUGUUUGGGGUCUACAUGCGGAAAGGCCUGCCUCCAUCACACGCUCAGUAUGACUACAUGGAGAGGCUGGAUGGAAAAGAAAAGUGGAGCGUGAUUGAGUCUCCUCGUGAGCGGCGCAGUAUUCAGACCGUAGUCCAAAACGAGGCUAUCUUUGUGCAGUAUCUGGACCCCGGCACCUGGCAUCUGGCUUUCUACAAUGAUGGCAAAGAGAAAGAGCCUGUCUCAUUCAGCACUGUAGCAUUAGAAUCUGUGGAAGAGUGCCCCCAGAGUUGCCAUGGCAACGGAGAGUGUAUGUCAGGAGUGUGUCAUUGCUUCCCAGGGUUCCAUGGCACGGACUGCUCUAAAGUGGCUUGUCCUGUGCUCUGCAGCGGGAACGGACAGUACAGCAAGGGUUUGUGCAUAUGCUACAGUGGCUGGAAGGGAAUGGAGUGUGACGUGCCUCAGGGCCAGUGCAUCGAUCCCAACUGCAGUGGUCACGGGAGCUGCGCUCAAGGCAGCUGCACCUGUGAAGCAGGUUACCGUGGCGAAUCCUGCAAGGAAGUGGAUUGUCUUGACCCCACAUGCUCUGGGCAUGGCAGCUGUGUGUCCAAUCAGUGUCACUGCAAGCCGGGUUGGUCUGGGCCAUUAUGUGAUGUGUUCAGAGCCCAGUGUCCGGAUCAGUGCAAUGGCCAUGGAUCCUACAGUCCUGACACAGGCCUCUGCAGCUGUGACCCCAACUGGAUGGGCCCUGACUGCUCCACAGAGGUGUGUUCAGCAGAUUGCGGGAGCCACGGCAUGUGUUUAGGGGGCAUUUGCCACUGUGAGGAGGGCUGGACAGGUGCAAGUUGUGACCAGAGACUGUGUAACCCACAGUGUGUGAAACACGGAACCUGCAGGGAUGGCAAGUGCCAGUGUGAGCAGGGCUGGAAUGGAGAACACUGCACCAUUGACGGGUGUCCAGGGCUGUGCAAUGGGAACGGGCAGUGUGUCAUGGGUCAGAACAGCUGGCACUGUGAGUGUCACACUGGCUGGAGAGGCCCAGGCUGCAGCGUUGCCAUGGAGACCUCCUGCAAUGACAAAAAAGACAAUGAAGGAGAUGGCCUGGUGGACUGCAUGGAUCCGGACUGCUGCACGCAGAGCUCUUGUCUGACCAAUCCUCUGUGCCGUGGAUCACGUGACCCGCUCCAGGUCAUUCAGCAGAGCCAGUCAGUGGUCCAGAAAGUGCCCUCCUUCUAUGACAGAAUCAAGAUGCUUGUGGGUAAAGACAGCACUCACAGCAUCCCAGGAAUCAACCCUUUCAAUGCCAGCCUGGCAUCUCUGAUUCGAGGACAAGUUUUGACCUCAGAUGGAACUCCUCUGGUGGGUGUCAAUGUAACCUUUGUGAAGUUUCCUCACUAUGGUUAUACCAUGACCCGACAAGAUGGCAAAUUUGAUCUAGUGGCCAACGGUGGAGGUGCUCUGACUCUACGGUUCGAGCGGGCUCCAUUUCUAAGUCAAGAGCAGACAGUGUGGCUGCCCUGGAAUCACUUUUAUGCCAUGGACACUCUGGUACUACAGACGAUGGAGAAGACCACAACCAGCUGUGACUUGAGUGGUUUUGCCAGGCCUGAUCCCAUCCUGCUGCCCUCACCACUGUCCUCUUUCUUCAGCUCCAAUCCUUCAGAGAAACAUAUCCUGCCAGAGAGCCAGGUCCUUCAUGACCAGGUAGAGAUUCCCGGCACAGGUCUUAAGCUGUGUUAUCUGAGCUCCAGGACCUCAGGCUACCUCUCACUGCUCAAGGUGAUCAUGACCCCAGCUAUAGUGCCUCUCAGCCUGGCCAAAGUGCACCUGAUGGUGGCAGUGGAGGGCCAUCUCCUCCAGAAAUGGUUCCAUGCCUCCCCUAACCUGGCGUACACCUACAUAUGGGACAAGACUGAUGCCUACAGGCAGAGGGUCUAUGGCCUGACCGAAGCUCUGGUGUCUGUGGGGUACGAACAUGAGACAUGUCCUAGUCAGAUCAUAUGGGAAAAGAGGACAGCUGUGCUGCAGGGGUACGAGCUCAACCCCUCAAACUUGGGCGGCUGGUCUCUAGACAAACAUCACAUGCUGAACAUCCGCAGCGGCAUCCUUCAUAAGGGCAGUGGGGAGAAUGUCUUCCUUUCCCAGCAGCAGCCACCCAUAAUCAACAGUAUAAUGGGUAAUGGGCGCAGACGCAGCAUCUCUUGCCCAAGCUGCAGUGGAAUGGCCGAGGGCAACAAGUUGCUGGCACCAGUGGCUUUAGCCUGUGACGGAGAGGGUAACCUGUAUGUGGGUGACCUAAACUUUGUGCGGAGGGUCUACCCAUCCCUCAAUACAACAGCUGUACUAGAGCUCAGAAACAAAGAUUUGAGACACAGCAACAGUCCAAGCCACAAGUACUACUUGGCAGUGGAUCCAGUGUCAGGUUCCUUGUUCCUGUCAGACACUAACUCUAGACAGAUCUUCUGUGUGCGCUCUCUGAAUGGGGCACGACCGCUGCUGGAUAACGCUCAGGUGGUGGCAGGAACGGGAGAGCAGUGUGUCCCGUUCGAUGAGGCUCGCUGUGGUGAUGGGGGUAAAGCAGUGGCGGCUACACUAAUGAGCCCAAGAGGUAUUGCAUUGGAUAAGAAUGGCCUGAUGUAUUUUGUGGAUGCGACCAUGAUACGAAAGGUGGAUCAAAAUGGCAUCAUCUCCACCUUGAUAAAGACCAAUGACCUGACUGCAGUCAGACCCCUCAGCUGUGACUCCAGCAUGGACGUGAGCCAGGUACGUCUAGAGUGGCCUACAGACCUGGCCAUCAACCCUAUGGACAACUCUGUCUAUGUACUGGAGAACAACAUCAUCCUGCGUAUCUCUGAGAAUCACCAGGUCAGCAUAAUCGCAGGACGGCCCAUGCACUGCCAGGUGCCUGGCAUUGAUUACUCGCUCAGCAAACUAGCCAUCCAUUCUGCCUUGGAGAGUGCCACAGCCAUCGCCAUCUCCCAUGCAGGUGUGCUCUAUAUUGCCGAAACAGACGAGAAACGCAUUAACCGCAUUCGGCAAGUCAGCACCAGCGGUGAAAUCUCCCUGCUAGCUGGUGCAGCUUCUGAAUGCGAUUGCAAGAACGAUGUCAACUGCAACUGUUUCUCAGGAGAUGAGGGCUACGCUGCAGACGCUGGCCUUAAUUUUCCUACUUCGCUGGCCGUCUCACCAGACGGCACCCUCUACAUUGCCGACCUGAACAACAUACGUGUGCGUUCUGUCCGCAACACUCGCCCAAAUGCCACAGCGAGUGGACAAUAUGAAGUGGGCUCAUCUCUGGAACAGGAGCUGUAUGUGUUUGGUUCAGAUGGCCUUCACAAGCAGACGAUCAGCCUCAUCACAGGCUUGGCCUUGUAUAACUUCACUUAUGGGUUGGAUGGAGAGUUAGCUGCAGUUACUGAUGCCUCUAACAAUACACUGCGAGUGAGAAGGGAGGCUUCUGGGUCUAUCAGGCUUGUGCUGUUACCGGAGAACCAGGUGGUAACACUCGGCAUGGACCCAACCGGAAGUCUACGCUCAGUGUCCGCACUCAGCCAAGAAGUGGUACAACUCAGUUAUGCUGCUAAUAUGGAACUUUUGGCCUCCAAGUCAGAUGAAACCGGAUGGACUAACUUUUAUGAUUAUGACAGUGAGGGUCGUCUAACCAAUGUCACAUACCCCACUGGUGUGGUGACCAGUUUGCAUCGGGAGAUGGUGGAGUCUAUCAACAUUGACAUGGAGAGCUCAAACAGAGAUGAUGAUGUCACCGUCAUCACUAAUCUUUCCUCUGUAGAGGCGUCCUACACUGUGGUUCAAGAUCAAGUACGGAAUAACUAUAAGCUGUACCAUAACAGCACACUGCAGGUGACCUAUGCUAAUGGAAUGGGCAUCAGCUUUCACACUGAGCCACAUAUCCUUGCUGGCUCAGUGAGCCCUACCAUCGGGAGGCGCAAUAUCACACUACCUACUGAUAGUGGACUCAACUCCAUUGAGUGGCGUAUGAGAAAAGAGCUGACCAAGGGCAAGGUCACAGUGUUUGGGAGGAAGUUGCGCGCCCACAGCAGGAAUCUACUGUCCAUUGACUAUGACCGGAACACCAGAACAGAGAAGAUCUAUGAUGACCACCGCAAGUUCACAUUGCGUAUCAUCUAUGAUGCCCAGGGCCGGCCGGCAACCUGGUUGCCCAGCAGUAGCCUGGCUCUGGUCAAUGUGAGCUAUUCACCUACUGGCCGGUUGGUGGGCUUGCAGAGGGGCAGCAUGAGUGAGAAAAGUGAUUUUAACACAUUUGGACGCAUCCUGUCUCGAACCUUUGUUGAUGGGAAAGUUUGGAGUUUCAGCUACCUAGACAAGUCCAUGGUUUUGCUCCUGAAGCAGAGUCAGAAACAGUAUGUCUUUGAUUUUGACACAGCAGGCCGAGUCACAGCAGUCACCAUGCCAAGUAUGGCCAGACACACUAUGGCCACCCACGUGUCUGUCGGGUACAUUCGCAACACAUACAAUCCUCCUGAGAGCAAUGCCACAGUUAUUCAUGACUUUCAUGAGGAUGGCCGUCCCCACGCCACAUUCUACCUCGGAACGGGACGUCGUGUGCUCUACAAGUACGGAAAGCUGAGAAAGCUCUCUGAAGUGCUAUACGAUGCCACUGCUAUCACUUUUGGCUACGAUGAGACUACUGGAGUGCUCAAGAUGGUCAACCUGCAGAGUGGAGGUUUCUCUUGCACCAUCCGCUAUCGCAAACUGGGCCCCCUAGUGGACAAACAGAUGUAUCGCUUCUCUGAAGAAGGUAUGGUCAAUGCUCGUUUUGACUACACCUAUCAUGACAACAGCUUCAGGGUGGCCAGCAUAAAGCCAGUUAUAGGGGAAACUCCACUACCUGUGGACCUGUACCGCUAUGACGAGAUAUCCGGUAAGAUUGAGCACUUUGGCAAGUUCGGCAUCAUAUACUACGACAUCAACCAAAUCAUCACUACAGCUGUCAUGACGCUCAGUAAGCAUUUUGAUGCACAUGGCCGCAUCAAGGAAGUGCAAUAUGAGAUCUUCCGCUCACUGAUGUAUUGGAUGACGGUGCAGUAUGACAGCAUGGGCCGUGUUGUGAAACGCGAACUGAAGAUCGGUCCGUAUGCUAAUACUACACAGUAUCGCUAUGAAUAUGACGGUGACGGCCAGCUCGUGGGCGUCAAAGUGGAUGACUGGUCUACUUGGCGCUAUAGCUAUGACCUUAAUGGCAAUCUACAUUUGCUAAACCCUGGUAACAGCGCCCGUUUACUGCCGCUACGCUAUGAUCUUAGAGACCGAAUCACGCGGCUUGGCGAUAUGCAGUAUCAGCUUGAUGAAGAUGGCAUGCUUGCACAGAGGGGCUCGGACAUCUUUGAAUACAACUCCAAAGGGCUUCUGGAGAGAACCUAUAGCCGCGCAGCAGGAGGUUGGAGCGUACGGUACCGCUAUGAUGGCCUGGGCCGCCGCAUCUCCCGCAAAACCAGCGAUGGCGAGCAUCAGCAGUACUUUUAUGCUGACUUAAACUACCCCACUCGGGUCACUCAUGUCUACAACCACUCUAGGGCGGAUAUCACCUCGUUCUACUACGACCUGCAGGGCCAUCUGUUUGCUAUGGAGGUCAGUGGUGGUGAGGAAUACUACAUUGCCUCGGACAAUGUCGGCACUCCACUGGCCAUCUUCAGCAGCAAUGGACAAAUGGUCAAACAGAUGCAGUACACGGCAUACGGUGAGAUCUACUAUGACUCCAACCCGGAUUUCCAGCUCAUAUUGGGCUUCCAUGGAGGCCUUUAUGAUCCUCUCACCAAACUGGUGCACUUUGCCCAGAGAGACUAUGAUGUGCUGGCGGGACGAUGGACGGAACCUGACCAUACAUUGUGGCCAAAGAUAGGCAAAGAGCCAGCUCCGUUCAACAUAUAUAUGUUCAAGAACAAUGAUCCACUCAGCGAUAUGAUUGAUAUUAAAAACUAUGUGACAGAUGUGAAGAGUUGGCUGGUUAUGUUUGGGUUCCAGCUCAGCAACAUUAUACCAGGGUUUCCUAGACACUCACUCUAUUUUGUUGACCCUCCUUAUGAAAUACUUGCCAGCCUGGACUCUGAUAAUGCUCAGCUUUUCACUGGAGUUCAGCAUUCAGUGGAACGACAUAACCAAGCCUUCAUGGUUCUUGAGGGAAGGCUGCUCAAUAAACAGCACCGUGCCAAGUGGGACAAGCCCGGCUACUGGUUUGGCACCAGCACACCCAUCGUGGGCAAGGGCAUGAUGUUUGCUAUCAGGGAUGGCCAUGUGUUAACAGACAUAUCCAGUAUAGCUAGUGAAGAUAGUCGCAAAAUUUCACAGAUUCUAAGCAAUGCUAUUUACUUGGAGGGGACUCAUUAUACCAUUGAUGGGCGUGACUGCCACUUCUUUGUGAAGCUUGGACUAGCAGACAGCGAUCUGCUAGCACUGGGUCUUAGCAGUGGACACAAGACACUAGACAGUGGAAUCAAUGUGACGAUCAGUGGACGCUCACGCUGGGGUGUCACUCUAGAGAUCCAUGCUUCAAAACUAACCUACAGUGUACGAUAUGGGCUAUCAGCAGAGGUUCUGGAAAAGGAGCGAAGCCGCAUAUUGGAGCAGGCCCACCAGAGGGCGCUAUCUGGAGCCUGGGCUAGAGAGCAGCACCAAAUACGUGAAGGCAGGGAAGGAGGUCGCAUAUGGGCUGACAAUGAAAAGCAGCAGUUGUUAGCCAUGGGUAAGGUACCAGGCUACGAAGGCUACUAUGUGCUACCGGUGGAGCAGUACCCUGAACUGGCAGACAGCAGCACAAACAUCCAGUUCCUCAAACAGAACGAGAUGGGCAAGAGGUAACAGAGUUCUGACUUUUUCUGAUAACACGCCAUCUCCUACAGAGAGAAGCAAUAUAGAGCAUGCUGCAGAGACGUUUCCCAAAUGGAGAAAUUACAGCCAGCAGCAAGGACACUAUGACUCAAAGCACUUGUAAGUCCUUGUGACACAAGGCAAACAAUGAUUUUGUAGUGACAUUUUGACUUUAUAGAAAGUGGUGAGUAUUUUUUAGUGAUUUCAGACUUGCUGAUGUUUGUGAUGGCAGUGUGAUGGCUCACUGCUUUAGUUUUUCAUACAUUUAAAAUCACACCACAGCAGUUUAUCGCUCUUUCUCAGGCCACUAAAAACAAUAAUAAUGCCCAUUAAAUCAGCCAUCACCUGCUCUUAUAUGUGUUUGUAAAGCUACUAUGAAUCCCCUUUAGGAACUUAUUCAGUGUCUCUAAAAAUUUCAGUCUCUCAUUCCACUUGAAUUUACUCAGUGGACAUGGUGAUCUUUCAGCUAUGUACUGUAUAAGAAUUCAAUGGCAGCAUGCAAGGCUGAGCUAUUCUAAAUAGCCAUUUGUUGGACCUCAGCAUCGUGGUUCUGAUUGUGAGCCACUCACACCAUCUGUCCUUUUCUGUUCACAAUAUACUGUACGACAAUCACAGGGGCUGUUCACAAAGAGAAACACUGAUCAAUAAACUUUACAUUAGCCAAACUUUUUGUAUAAUAGGUAGAGAGAGAGAUUAUUGUCUUUUUUUCUUUAAAUUUUCUUUCAACUUGCAAGUGAUAACAGAUGAAAUAGUAAUAUAUAUAUUGUUUGUCUUUUAAAACUGUGAAACAAACCACACAUGUAAAAUAUUCUCAUUAACACAACAGUUGGACUGUAUUAAGUACAUAAUCAAGUACGUAUAUUUAUUUUGAGGAAGUGGCUUCAUUGUGACAUUCUGUGAAAAUCCAUUGCGAGACUCAUCUCAAAGGUCAUGUUGUAUUUGAAUAUUAUGAAAACAAAAGCAGUCAUUGACUUCCCAUUUUUGUUUGUUUUUAUUUUUUUGUUAAUUUAUUUUCUUGGUGUAGAAUCUCUUCUGACUGUGGUAAGUCAGUGUGGAUAUUAGCUUCAAGUGAGAGUGUGGAUGGGGGUUCUUUGAAAUUAAAUGGAAAUAAAACAUUUGCAUUUGUAAUUUUUGAACAGGAGUGACAACAAAAUGCU